AUGGAUCAAUCUAUGUAAAAUAGGACUAAAAAGUUCCUAUAACUUCUGAAAAACAAUGCUCAAAAUGAAGCAUUUGUAUAAUUGGUUACAGAUAACUUGAAACUAGAGAUUUAGCAGAGACCCUGGAAACUGCUUAGAAUUCUUGAUUUUAUUACAAAUGAUCUCCCGCGAUCUAAUUCUGACUUUACAAGAUUGAAGAUCAAUGAGAGUGGUUUAUUGAGAUGUGUCAUUGGAGACUCUGGGAAACCUUUAGAAUAAUUAGCUAAUGUUUCAAAUGAGCAAAAGGUUUUAUAGGGAUUAUUGGAUCGUAUAAACUCAAUCACUGAUGAUUAAAAAAGAAGCAAAUACAUUUAGAGACUUAAUGAGAGUAUAUUAACAUUAAAAUUUGACAAUGAAAUCGAGAUUGAAGAAAUAAGUAACCUAAAAUUAAACUAUAUCUAAUUAAGUGAUAUACUUAAGAAUAAUAGAGAAUUCUUUAAGGACUUGAUAUCUAAUUAUCAACCCUUACUCUCAGAUCUAACAUUCAAUCAAUCCGACAUUAAGAAAGAAGGGAAAGAUGAAAUUAAAUAAAUGGUCAUGGAAAGCAUUGGGGGCUUUAAGACUGAUAAAAUUAAGCUAAGUGAUUUGAUUGAUGAAAGCUUCUUUGAUGAUAUAGAAGAUUAGAAUAAUUGCUAGAGUGCUAAAAAGGAUAAAAACGCUGAUAAAAAUCCUGUGUCAAUACUUAUAGAGAAUCUAAAGAGAAAUUCAUACCAGUCAAUAAUAGAUCUUAGAUCUCUAAUGACGAAAAGAUUGAAAACUGAUAAUGUAAAAAACCCUUCACACAGGUUUAUCUUGAUGUCUCCAUAACUAGCACUGGCAUUAGAAUUUAUUUAGAACUUAGUCAACUAAGAUUGGAAAAUUCGUUAAUCGGCUGCCUCGAUUCUUAAGAAUAUUUUAAAGUCUUGCAUUUCUUCAAAAAUAGAGCUUAGUUACUACAUUGCUUAGAUUACUAAUUAAGAAGAAGGCUACCAAAUUGUGACUCAAGUAAAAAUAUAGCCUGAAAGUCUAGGCUUAAUGAUACUUCCACUGCUUUUAAUUUUUCUAAUGAAGGAUUAAUUUAAUGAUUUCGAAGAAUUAAAAGUACUUACCCCUGCUAGAGAGGAGGGUAUUGAGUUAUUAUUAAUGCUUUUAUAGAUUAAAGGGGAUAAAAUUCAAAAUGAAAUCAGCAUUUUAAUUCAGCAACUACCUGUAAUUCUUAAAGCAGUUGAAGUUGAUACAUGGCCAUCGAGAUAUAAUUUCUUUUUACUACUAAAAGGGUUAACAAAAACAAAUAGCGUUUAAAUAUUUCAAAUGUUCAACAGAGUACUAAUUGAAAGCCUACUUAAGGUUGAAGAAGAAGUCAUGAUUUUGGUAACUGAGUUAAUUUAGUCAAUGCUAGAUUAAUACAUAUAGUAGCCAGGCUAUGAAAAACAGUUAAGCUAACUCAUAUUAAAUCUUUAAUAAAAUCUUAAGCAAAGCGAUGAAAUAGAAAGUUCAAGCAUCUCUGUCUUCUAACUCAUCAAUUAUAUAAUGGACACUGUUCCAUAUUUGAGAUACUUAACCUUUGAUGAUGAUGAGGUUAUGAUAAUAUUCUAGCUAACUCUCCAGUCAAUUGUAAUGGAGAAAUCACCAAUGCUAGUCAAAGCUCUCUUUAUGAAUUUAUAAGGUCUACUAUCAUAUUUCUCUGUAUUGACUUGGUUAUAUACCUACCAUUUAUAAAGCUUUGAGACAUUCAUGUUCUUUGAAUCUAAGAAUUUUGAGUCAAUAAACAGAGAUUACUACUAAAUAGUAUUUAGACCUACGACCUCAAAUGAGAUUCAGGAAUUUUAUGAGGAGUAUUUGGAUAAUGCGAUAAAUUAGAUGAUUGUUAUUAAUGAUGAAGCUAUUGGCAUUUAUUAAUUCACUGAACUUGAUAGAUUACAAUAGAGUUUGUAAAUAUUAUUCAAUUUGACUCAGAAAAAUUAACUUGAGUAGCCAUUAGUUAUGAUUUAACAGUUAAAUUUGCUUUUGAAUUAAUGCUAUUAGGAUCUUAGAUUGGUAAAUAUCCAUGGAAUAUAAUAGCAUUUGGAAUUUAUGACAUAGGUUUUUGGAACUAUUUAGAUUCCUGAAAUAUAUGAAUGCUUCAGCGAGCUUAUGAUGCUUUUCACGUCAUUAAUCAGAUAUGCUAGUUAAAUUUCUAGCAGAGUUAAAUCACUCUCAGCUAUUAUUCACAUCUAAUUAGUAGAGUUAAAUGAGCUACCUACAGGUCUUACUUCUCAACUCAAUAACCUUAUCAAACCAAUUUUAAGUCAAUCUAAGUCAGAGACUAUUGAGUUUAUUUAGGAGAUUUGCUCUAUCUACAUGGUUAAACUUAUAAACUUGUUAUUUUAGAAGAAUAAAUCCAAGCCAGCUUAAUAGAUAUUGCUAGUUCUUACCAAGAGUCUAGAGCAAUAUAAGGACGAUGAAAUUCAGGAUAGAGGGACGAAGUUUGUAAUUUGCCAACUCAUUAAAACUGUUGAUAACAUAUUCACAGCAUAUAAUGGAUAUAUGAGCAACUAUCUAGUCCAGUAAUUGACUGUUGAAAACUCAGAUAAAUGGGUUAAAUUUACAUUUUUCUUAUUGUAAGAGCUAAAGUCUUCAAAGAAAAAUUUGUUGAAUUAUUGCUAGCAAUCAAUGAUAAUCUCAGAAUAGAUUACCACCAUUUCUGGUGUCUGGUCAAAUACUAUUCCUUAACAAUAGAAUAACUAAUCAUUGAUUACAUUUGAAAAGUUUAUGCCGAAUCUAAUAAAAAUAGCAUUCGAGAUAUUCCCAGAAAUUUAAAUUAGACUGAUAAGUAACUUAGUGGCUAGAAUGGAAUAGAAAUAGAAGAUAGCUUUUCAGGCAUUGAUAGAUUUAAUAGAAACCAAGAAUAAUGAUCUAAUGAAAUUCAUUCCAGUUUUUAUUAUCCCAGUCAUCUAAAAUAUUCAAUACUCUGGAAGGAUAUUUAAUGAUGAUAAACAGAUCACUCUUAUACUUGCGAGUUUACUAUCACUGUUACCUUUGAAUUUGGUGCAGAUUUCAGAAUUAUCUCAAAGCAUGAAUCAAAAUAACUAAGGCGAUUAAAUUAUUUAGCAGAAAGACCCAUUUCUAGAACAACUAUAAAAUCAAGCUUCAGAGGGUUACCGGUUCCUCUAGACUUUUGUAAAUAAUCAAAUGGUCACAUAAUAUCAAAUCGAUAUUAAAGUAAAAGCUCAACUUAGAGAUUAUCAAAAGUAAGGAAUAAAUUGGAUGGCAACUCUUGGCCGUUAUAAUCUGAAUUGUGCUCUAUGCGAUGAUAUGGGAUUAGGAAAAACACUCUAAUCUUUAACAGUGGUGAUGAAUGAAAGUUAGAAACUCAAAAAGCUGGGUAAAAAGCCAGUCAACCUAAUUGUGUGCCCGACUACUAUAACCCACAAUUGGUUUGCUGAAGUCUAAAAAUUCUUUGAUGGAGUGAAAGCUGUUGUAUUUGAAGGCUCGCCACAAGUUAAGUAGAAGAUAAUUCAAUAGAUUUAGACAUAUGACAUAGUUAUUAUUAGCUAUGAAAAACUAAGAAAUGAGAUUAAGUAAUUUCAAGAAAAAGAUUUCUUCUAUCUAAUUCUUGAUGAAGCUCAUAUAAUUAAGAAUUCCAAAGCUAAGAUUACAAUAGCAGUGAAAUCAAUCAAAGCUGAUAAGAAGCUAGCUUUAACAGGCACACCUCUGUAAAACAGAGUAAGUGAGCUCUGGUCAAUUUUCGACUUCCUGAUGCCCGGCUUCUUAGAAUAAGAAUAAGUUUUUAACAAAAAAUACAAUCAAUACCUGACAUCAAAUAUUAAAAAGCUGAGUGAAAAUUUAGAAGAGACUCAAGCAUUUCUAGAUGCACUGAAAUCUCUUAAAAAGAGAAUUCAACCAUUUAUUCUAAGAAGGACCAAAGAUUAGGUGUUAAAAGAGUUACCACCAAAAAUUAUUCAAGAUGUAAUAUGCUAAAUGACUAAUUUCCAGGAGUACACCCACUCUUUAAUUGAGAAGAAUCAUCCAAUAACUUAGCAGUUGCAAUAAGUUGAAUCGUAAAAGGGCAAACCAAGUUAGCAAUUAGGAAAAUAAAUUCUACAAAAUCUAAUUUUGCAUCGUAAGGUCUGCAAUCAUCCAAUGUUUGUAGCUAAGGAAUUCAGCUAGGAUAAAAAUAUAAUGAAGCAUCUUGGAAAGAAAACAGAGUAAGAAUUGCUUUCAUAUGAGAAUUCUGGGAAGUUAAUUGGUCUCUAUGAUAAACUGGUUGAAUGUGAAAUCAUUCAAGAAAAGAAAACUGAAACUUAAACGAGGGAGGAGUCUAAAAGUUCUCAUCAAGGCGUAGACUUUGAAUCUGGCACUAAUGGAUCAAUGCUUUUUGAUUUAGCAAGCACAUCUUUAUCUCUAGAGGAGAAGAGAAUUCAGGAUUAAAAUAAUAGGCAUCGAGUAUUAAUAUUCUGCUAAAUGACAUCAUACUUGAAAGUGAUAGUCGAUUCAAUACUAAAAAGAUUCAAUGUUAGCUAUCUAGAGCUGUUAUCCAGCCAUACGCCUAAACAAAGAGUAGAAAUGUGCAAUUAGUUUAAUCAAGAUCCAUCAAUAAGUGUUCUCAUUCUUACAACAUAAGUCGGUGGUUUAGGGCUAAACCUUACUGGAGCAGAUACAGUCAUCUUUGCAGAGCAUGAUUGGAAUCCAAUGAAAGAUCUUUAGGCUAUUGAUAGAGCUCAUAGAAUCGGCUAGACCAAGCAAGUCUGUGUCUAUAGAUUAAUAGUGAAAGAUACAAUUGAGGAAAAAAUUAUGGGACUGUAGAGAUUUAAGGAAAAUCUAGCAAAAAGUUUAGUACAAGCUAAGGGAGCAAUGAAAGAAGAAGCAAGUAAUUUAGAAAUGAGUGAGUUAUUGAAUAGUUUUCAAGAGCAUUCAGCGUUCUAGGACGGAUCUAGCGGCUAAAAGGGGAAAUCUAAAGGAUAACCAAUCGAAAUAGUAGAGGAUAAAUUGAUUAGCAAUCUUGAUGAAAUUUGGAAAGGGGAAAAUUUCGAAAACUUUUGA